AGAGAAAUUAAAAUAACCAACACAGUACAAAUGCAAAGAAAAUACAUAUCUCAACUAUGGGCGCCGCCAUGUUUGUCGUAAGGUCGUACUGCCACCUCGGGGUACCCUCAAGAACUCCGAGGUAAAGGGGGCGUGCCUGCGUGAAAUGCCUCACCGUAGCCUAUACUCGAAGGCAGAGGACAAAACUGUGUCAUCAUCCCCGUGAGAGUUUAACAAGUGCGAUAUUUUAAAAUCCCCAUGUUACUUUCCCAAGAAAAAAAUCUAAAGAUAAGCCUACCUGAUGUCCUUAUUAGGACAAAGAUGGUAGUUUUUUUGUAGGUGAACUUCAGAGGUGUAUAGCCUCCUGCGCUGGAAGAGGGGCGCGUCUCUCCAACACAGCGACUACAGCAAGCAAGAACGUAUUUCUAACUGUUUGUACCCUACACAACCCGGCUGUUGUGCUUCUACGGAAACAUGGCGUCUGCCCACAGCUCCAGGCCUCAGCUUUCCCCUGCAGACCCUGUGUCUCUGGCCCAGUUAACCCUCUAGGCGCCACGGUUGAGUUUUGUCGACAAGAUGCGGCACUGAAAAAAAACGGACGAUUUUGUCAAAUAGGGUGUCAUAAUUCGUUCAAACUCCACUCCACUAGAUGGCAGACAUGUCAUAUGUCAUCACCGAGUCAAAAAAAUGUCAUGCUUCUAUACAAAAUCUUCCCGCUAGAGCGCAUUGAAUCAGUGCGAGAAAUACCGGAGCAAGUGUGCGUGUGUGCCAUUUUUAUCAGAGCGGUAUUGUCAACGUCAGAGAGUAUUUGCAUUACAUUAUCGUGUAAUGGCAUCAGAAAAGUUUACCUGCAAUGAAGUGGUGGGUUGUCUAUUCGCUGACCCUGAUUCUGAAGGAGAAUAUCUGCCUUUAGAAAAUGACGGUGAUUCGUUUACUCACCACGCUUCAGAUGCGUCCCUGCCUUGCAAUGGUGCAGCUGGACAAAGUUUAGACCUACACCAAGCACAAAUGAAUCCUUUGCCCAAUGUAGAUGGUCCUUUGCCCAAUGUCAGUGCUGGGAACAAUGUUUCACGGGGUCGGAGUCUUCAUCAGGAAGUUAGCAGGCGUGUUAGUGAUGUGGGAAACGAGGCUGAAAGUUAUGUGGGGGUCCAGUCUUUAUACAGCACUAGCCAGCUAGCUUCUUUGUCUUCUGACCAUGUGCCUCUCCGCAAUUGCAGCGACAGUAACGUGGCGGAGCAUUUGUCUAAUUCCACUGGGGAUGUUAGACGAGGUCGAAGUGUUAAUAGGACAGUUAGGGGGCAACGUGGAGGCAGGGGGAGUCGCAAUGAGAAUUCUCUCCACUCGGCGCGCGCGCGAGGCAGAUCAGGCCGUGCUGCUCGCAGCAGGAGCAGAGGCGGUGUGACACGGGGCAGAGGAGCCAUGCAUAGUUUAGUGCAAGAUGAUGGGAAUGCUGGCUUUGAGUACUUGGCCAAUGAGGAGCAGUACCAAAGUUGGAUCACGCCCUUUGAUCAGCCAAUUGGUUAUCUGGGGGAAAGAGAACUCUCCAAUGCCAAUUCGCCCCUAGAUUUUCUAUCACUCUUUCUCUCUGAUGAGUUCUGGAAUUUACUUGUUAUUGAGACAAAUCGCUAUGCCCAUCAGUUUUUAGCCUCCCAUCAACUCCAGCCACACUCCAGAUUUCAUCAAUGGUCUGACGUAACUGUCAGUGAAAUGAAAGCCUUCUUUUCUCUGCAUUUGAGUAUGGGUCUGGUAGAGAAGUCAGAGUUGGAGGAUUAUUGGGCUGAAUAUUGGCCAACAGCAACACCUGGAUUUGGGAAUGUGAUGUCCAGGAAUAGAUUUGAGAUGAUUUUGUCUUUCCUUCAUUUCACCAAUAAUGAGGAGUAUGUUGACAGGGGUCAGCCAGGCUAUGACAGGCUAUUCAAAAUCCGCCCAAUCAUUAAUUUGGUCAUCCCUCGGUUUUCAGCAGUGUAUGGCCCAUCUAAGCAGCUGUCACUGGAUGAAAUGACCAUUGCAUUCAAAGGGAAAUCCACACUCAAAAUGUAUAACCCAAACAAACCAGACAAAUAUGGUUACAAAGUAUUUGUUGUGAGUGAAGCAAAGUCAGGCUAUGUGCUACAGUGGUCCAUGUACACCGGACAAAAUAGGCCUAAUGCAAAUGCUGAUUUCGGUGCCACACACCUUGUUGUCCCUGAGCUGAUGGCCCCGUACACAGGGAAAGGGCAUGAGGUGUACAUGGACAGCUAUUACACCUCGCCAGCCAUAGCAGAUGAGCUGGCAAGUAAUGAUUUGGGUUUGUGUGGGACUGUCAGCAGUAACAGGAAGGGGAUGCCAAAGGGCCUCACCCGUGAACAGUUAUCAUUGAGCAAGGGAGAUGACCCAGUCUUCAUGAGGAAGGGGAAGUUGCUAGCUUGUGCGUGGCAUGAUACAAAGCGCUUCACAAUGCUCUCUUCACUGCAUUCCAACACAUGUGUCAGAAAGCGCAUCAGGUCCAAACACACUGAUAGUGGCUAUAGGGAGAUAAAUAGGCCUGUUUGUGUUGAUGACUACAAUUCUUUCAUGGGGGGUGUCGACACAGCAGACCAGAGAAUGAAGACCUACCUCUUUCCCCAUAGAUCAAGGAAAUGGUACAAUAGGAUUUUCAAUGCCAUUCUCAGUGUAAGCAUGGUGAAUGCCCACAUAAUUUACUGCAGCUGCACUGCUGCUCCUCACAAGCCCCUGAAAGUCUUCGUGCAGGAUGUCAUCACUGCUUUACUGGAAGGCUUCUCCAGGAAAGAGAGCAACAAAGGCCGAAAGUCAUCCUCACUGGGAGACAUGCCACAGAGACUCACUGAACGCCACUUUAUCUGCCAGUCUGAUGGUAACCCAGAUUGUGUCGUUUGUUCUGAUCGGACCCGCCCUAAAGGCCGCCGUCAGACAAAAUACAUGUGCAGGCAGUGUGGGGUGGGUCUUUGUGUUGUGCCUUGCAAUGAGAGGUACCACACCCUGAAACACUACAAGAAAUGUCACCUGGAUGGAUAGGGAGUCAUUAUCUCUACAGCAAAAGACCUGCUACAUAAAUUCUUUUCUUUGUCUGCCAUUUAUUAGUAAUGAUUUAGACUGCUGAUUUACUAUCUAUUUCCCUGACCAUUUA